UGCGCAAGUUCGGUUGAGUGUUUUGUAACAGAGUGCCCUUUCAUCUUCUUACGCUUGCGUUCCGCUCAAAUUUCACUGCAACGAGAUCUACACGAUAGUCUGAUGUUUAGUUUUAUUCGUUUUGCAAAAUAGCGGCAUGAACACCUAUAUUAUGUUGGACAUUCACCAUACUUGAGACGGACUAUUUGUUGAACCUUACCGUAAUCUGUUUGGAAAAGCGCAUGUUUUGGACCUUUAAGUGUGAAAUGUAUUUCGUAUAUGCUGCGUCAGUUCUCAGCAGAUUCUUAAAUUUUAAUAAAAAGCGUUUACUGUGAUUUACUGAGCAUAUUAUUAAACGUACAAACCUUCUUACCUGCAAUACAAUAAUGUGCGCGUACACUUAAAAAAACGUUUAUCAACAUAAUUUGAAAAAAAAGAAGAUAAUGCAUACAACAUACAGUAAAAAUAGAUAGCACGAGGCCUUUCUCUGGAAAACUAAAUCCGAAUAUCAGAUUGUCCUGCAAGUGAUUCCGAGCAAAUCCACGUCAAACACGAGUUCGCACGGACCUCUACAGAAACCAUCCAGGCUCUCAAAGUGAAGAGAAAGACUAAACAAACUAAUCAGGAUGUGGAAUUUUCUGAAGUUAAUCCUCGUGUUUCACCAGGUUUCCAUGGUGAUUGGCUCCGGAACGAUGUAUCUGGGUCUUUUGACAUACUAUAACAACGAGCUGAUCACGUGCUGUAAGGAAACGUCCGAAUGUGAAGCAGGGAGGAAAUUCUGUAACUUGACCUUCGAGAUCAAGAUCAUCGGGUUAAACGACUCCUUGGAGACCCAAAUAUGGCGCCCCGGCACUGUCGUUACUCCCGAAGAAGCGGUUGGCCUUGUGCACAUACAACAGCCUGUCAACUACAACUUCAACGAGUGGAUGGGUCACGUAUGCAUCAACGUCAGCGUCUACAACGGAACCUCAAAUGACAACACAACGUUGAUAGACUCAUUCAAGACGAUUUACGAGGACAACUCUGCGCGGUGGUACUUCGUCAACCAUACUGGACUUAGCGAGACAUACAAUGCGACUGUAACACUUGUUGUGCGGUACAUGUGCUCCGAUCCAAAAACGUGCGGGGACUGCGUUUCCGACAAAGAUAAUUGUACUUCCGACGCGAACUUCACCGGACCAACCUUCCUUCCCGGGGGUUUCAAUUCAACGACUUCUCCCAUCCUUGCAAGGGACAACAGUACAACCGAUAUGGGCAACGCCACCGACUCUUGGUUAAAUACUAAUGCUUCUAGCACGGUUGCCUUAAAUAAAACUACGGAUAAUCAACACGAUUUUUCAACAUUAGUUUCAUCGACAUCCACAACAACAACAAUAGAAGAAUUAGCCACCUCGUCAUUAUCAUCAUCAACAACAUCAGCAUCAUUUCCCGUAACGUAUCCGUCUACUACUACAGAAACAACGCCAUCAACCACUACAGCAGCAAAAACAACAACCACUGCUGCCGCACCUACAACCGAAACUUCCACAGUAACAAUUCAAGUAGCGCCAAUCUCAACUCUACCUACAACGACAACUACGUCAUUAACUACAUCAUCAUCAUCAUCAUCAUCAUCAUCAUUAACAACAACAACAUCAACACACGUCACAACUAAACCUAACGAUACACCGUCGCCGACGGUCUCACGCCUACCGAUCUCAACAUCCGGUGGUAUCCGACCCACGACUGUCGAGGAGACUGCGACGCGCAUUGAGAAAGUCAGCGCCGUCUGGCCGUAUAUUUUGGCGGGAGUUCUAGGCGCCCUGGCCAUCGCAGCGUUGAUAAUAUUCAUGGUAUAUUUACGCCACAAAAAAGAACUCCGAAAUCGUCAAGAGAUCUAUAACGUCAAUCCGAAAGUGCUUAGGAAUUUCGAAGAGUUCACGGAAAACGGAACCACUGGAAGGGCGGACGUUCCUAUGGAAACGGAACAGUACUAGUUAGGAGUUGCAAAUACGUGAUGUAGUUUAUCUGGAAAUGGUGUUGAUAUGUGGUACAACUUUUAUAUUUUGUUCUGCAAAAUUGCAGUGGCUUUAGUAACUGUCCCAGUUGGGAUUUUAUGCAAUACUACUGCUAUUUAAGUGACUGUAUUCUUCGCGCGUGUGGAACCAUAGCUAUUUUGGGUAAUUAGGUAUAUAUUAUUAAGAUCUUCAUAAACAAUUACUGUUACUAUAUUAACAACAACUUCUGUUAAUGUGAUUCGAUGGGGUACAGAACAAUUUUGUUACACUGCAUUUUUAAUAGAAGUUUUAGCGCAGUUUUCAUCCCAUCGAUUCGAAGUGAUCCAACUAACCCAUAUGGAUCUUUUUUGCUACUGACAAGGACAGUAAUAUGACUUGAAAACGCACGCGCUUUGAAAGUUUCUCGUUCAACGAUUUACGUUGUUGAUGUCAACAGAGGAAAUGAUUCGCGACAAAAAAGUUAUGUGUUAAUCGUUUGUGUCUGAGACCCGUUUGCAGGCAAUUCAAAAUGCGAUUGUCAAUAACGAUUUUAGUUCGGCGAUAGAAGAACCAGUGGAGGUCUCAAUCGGAGAGAGAGGGUGUUCCUAUGAAAUGUGUUUAUAACGCGCUUCGGGAAAACAUGCUAAAUGCCUGUGCGUAAAGUGUCGUCCCAGAUAAGACUGUGCCGUCCGCACUGGCUAAUAAUUGAGGCCACUUUCCAUUUGUUAUUGUGUUCGUUUCAAGGAAGUCUCUUCUUAGAAAAAAAUCAACUUCAUGCAGAAAAUGUCGUCCUAGUUAGUCUGUGCGGAGCGAACAGAUUAAUCUUGGACGACAAUUCACGCGCAUGCAUUUAACCCUAUAUUUCCAGUGCGCGGCUCAUUUGUGUUUUGUCUUGCUGUUUAUUGUGAAGUGCUACGUUCUGCAAAAUAUUGUUACAUAUAUUUUAGAAUAUAUUAUAAGCUGUAUUUAUAAUUCAUGUACAUACAAUUUCAAUACACACAUACACAUGAAGUAGGUACAUUGUAUAGAGUUGUUUGUUUUUAUGCAAAUGUUUAAUUCCCAUUUUGUAUGCACUUUGCAGACUGUUAAGCGCGAGUAAUAUAGACAGUGCUUCGUGGUAUAUAUGAGUCGCGUUUUGAGAAAACCGGUCAUAAUGCAUGUGCGUAAAGUGUCG